CCUAUAGGGCACCAGCGGAGACUCCCCUCAGAAGGUGGAGCUACAGGGUCUGACUCUGAAGGCACAGUUUCUUUCUUGAGAAGAGCUGGCAGGACUCACAGGAAACAAGAAAAUUGAAAUAAUGCCUGGAAAACCGAAGCUGCACUAUGCUAAUGGAAGAGGUAAAAUGGAAUCAAUCCGAUGGCUGUUGGCAGCAGCAGGAGUAGAGUUUGAAGAACAAUUUAUAGAAACAAAGGAAGACUUGGAAAAAUUACGCAGCGAUGGACUCCUACUGUUUCAGCAAGUGCCCAUGGUGGAAAUCGAUGGGAUGAAGAUGGUGCAGACCAGAGCCAUUCUCAGCUACCUAGCAGCAAAAUACAACCUCUAUGGGAAGGAUCUGAAGGAGAGAGCCCUGAUUGAUAUGUAUGUGGAAGGAACAACAGAUCUGAUGGGAAUAAUCAUGUACCUUCCUUUCCAACCACCUGAGGCAAAGGAAAAGAACCUUGCUUUAAUCACUGACAAGGCCACAACAAGGUACUUCCCAGUCUAUGAAAAGGUUUUAAAAGAUCAUGGACAGGAUUAUCUUGUUGGCAACCAUUUCACCUGGGCUGAUGUUCAUCUGCUUGAAGCUAUUUUAAUGGCAGAAGAAUGUAAAUCGGAUAUACUCUCCAAGUUCCCUCUCCUGCAAGCCUUUAAAGGAAGAAUAAGCAACAUCCCUACAAUUAAGAAAUUCUUACAACCUGGAAGCCAGAGGAAGCCACCACCAGAUGAGAAGUAUAUUGCACAAGUGAAGCAAACAUUCAAUGUCUAAUCAUAUAUGGCUACUAAAAAGCAAACUGCAGCUAAGGUAUAUUGCAUAGCUGUAACUGGACACGCAUUUCCUGGCUUUUUUUAUGCAGGAGAUCAAAUUAGAUGAUGUAGUGGUGUUUUAUAGCUUUAAUCUGUGAAACUGAGUUCAAGGUUUUAACCACACUUCAAUAUUAGAAUGAAAAUGCACAGCUUUUUAAGAAAUCUCUGUCAUUUCUGUAAUGAACUAGGUAAUACAAUGUAUUGCAUACCAAGGUAGCUUGCUAAAUAAGACUAUAAUUAGAAGAUAUAUUUGCAUGAAAUAAAAGUGAAAAAAACUUA